AUGUCUUUCAUUUCCUCCACCUCAAGCUCUAGUUCUUCUGAUUUCUCAAAUACCGUUGAAUUUGAUCGGUUAGUUGAUGAUUAUGCUGCUAACCACCUACCUCAUAUUUUAAUUCCCCAACACUCAUCACAAGAAUCCCAGCUUAAUAAUGAUAUAGAAAAUGCCCCGAAGCCUAAAAGGGAUAGGGAAAGAGAAAAAGGGCAUGUGCAACUAUAUAACGAUUAUUUUGCGAGUAAUGCAGUGUAUAACGACAACCAAUUCCGCCGUAGAUUUUGUAUGCGAAGAUCUUUGUUCUGUCGCAUUAUGAAGAAGGUGGUUGAAGGGGAUCAAUUCUUCCAACAACGUCGGAAUGCAGCUGGAAAGCUUGGUUUAUCACCGUUGCAAAAAUGCACCGCAACAAUAAGAAUGUUAGCGUAUGGCGUAUCCCCCGAUGUCGUGGAUGAAUAUCUACGUAUCGGCCAAACAACCUCAAGAAAUGCAUUGCAACAUUUUUGUCAGGGGGUUAUUUCACAAUUUGAAAGUGAAUAUCUACGUAAACCUACAGAUGAAGAUCUAAGGAGAAUCCUUCACCAAAAUGAAUUGCGUGGGUUUCCAGGCAUGAUUGGUAGUAUAGACUGCAUGCAUUGGGAGUGGAAGAAUUGUCCUACGGCUUGGAAAGCACAAUAUGCUGGUCGUAGCAAAACUGCAACCCUCAUUCUUGAAGCCGUUGCUGAUCAGGAUUUAUGGAUUUGGCAUGCGUUCUUUGGAAUGCCUGGCUCAUGUAAUGAUCUUAAUGUCCUUUACCGUUCAACGGUAUGGGAUUUACCCGAGAUGGCCAACUUUUAUACAAGGUAUAACACAUCCUCAAGUUCAAAAGACAAGUUGUUUGCUGAUCAACAAGCAGUAGUUCGGAAAGACGUUGAACGGGCUUUCGGAGUUUUACUAGCCAGGUUUGCUAUACUACAACAACCAGCACUUGCAUACGACGAAGAUAUUCUUUGUGACAUUAUGAAAGCCUGUAUAAUAAUGCACAACAUGAUCGUCGAGGAUGAACGACACAACUACACACGUGCAGAUGUUUUGAGACGAUACUACGAAGAAGAUCGACCACAACGUACAGCAGCGCGGCCAGGACCGAGCACAAGUGCCACAGUGAAUAACAACGAGCCAUUUGAAUUCAACGUCGGGCGGCAACCAAACAUUGAUUUCAACGCGUACUUUCAAAGGAGGAUUGCCCUUCGUGAUAGAGAAAUUCAUUCGUCUCUCAAACAAGAUUUAGUAGAACACAUAUGGCAGAACUUUCGUCAUAACACAGCCGAAUAA